AUGGGAGGUGGGCAUGGAAAUAAGAAGGGGUUCUGGAGUGUAGAGGAAGACAGAAUUUUAAUGGAUUACGUAAAGAAGCAUGGAAUAGGAAAGUGGAACCGUAUAGCUAAACUGACAGGGUUGAAGAGAUGCGGCAAAAGUUGCAGACUUAGGUGGAUGAAUUAUCUGAGUCCUAAUGUUAAGCGUGGGGAUUUCUCAGAGGAAGAGCAAGACCUAAUUAUUCGCCUCCACAAGCUCCUUGGAAAUAGGUGGUCUUUGAUCGCUGGGAGGAUUCCGGGGAGGACAGACAACCAGGUGAAGAAUUAUUGGAACAGUCAUUUGAGCAAAAAGCUUGGUGUUGUUAAGAAGGAGAAGAGUAAAGUUUGUGCCCCUCCAAAAACAUCUGUUCCCAAUGAAGCAGAGUCCAUUGGGGAAGUUGAAAAGCUCGUCCAAGCAAGCUCGGUUAGUGAUCUCAACUUCGGAAGCACUCAUGAGGUGAUUCUGACUGAUGAUUUUGGGAGUACCUUUUGUUUUGCUAAUAAUGAGCUUAAUCUCUUCUCUCCUUACUUGAUGGAGUCUUUUGAAGACUAUUUUAUUGGCCUUUAG